AGGCAAUAUUGGGGAUCAGAGGGAUGGGCUUUAUUUUACCACCAGAGAGAAUUUAGAAUCAAUUUAUUUUGAUUCAAUGAACGGCGGAAGCACAACUCAAACUCCUCCAUCAGGUUUCUUGUGACCGGUGGGCCACGACCUGUCUCCAUAGUUGCUCAUUGGGUCACUUCAUCAGCUUACGAGUAUUUUGAAACCAAUGGAGAUACCCCAUUAAUUUACUGUCAAACGUCACCAUGGCAAGAAGGCGCUCAGAUCCAAAGGAUCUUCCUUUAGUUCGAGCUGUCGCGUUUUAUAACCCGAUGGCACCUCCACUGGUGCCCCGAGUUCUCAUCGACGCACUACCUCAACUCUUAGAGAAUAUUCGAGUAUUUCCUGGAUAUGGGAUGUUCAGUGGUCCCACUCCAUACCAGCGCAUAGGGGCAGCCCUUACCAACCUAUCCAUGGUCUACACAAACCUUGGGAAGGCACAAUACAUCCCGCAACCAGAUUUUACAGACCCAGCGUUUCAAUGCGCCUACGUGUUUCAGUACCUGGUGAAACACUGCCAUCUGGUCUACCAGAUACUGUGGAAGACGUUACCGAUCAGCAUCGCUAGGAUCUGGCUCCAGAGGGGCGUCAAUGUUUGCUCGAUCGGAGGCGGUCCCGGUACCGAUAUCAUCGGGGUCCUGGUGUUCCUUCGUUCCAUGGGAUCGUAUCUAGGGUACCCGGAGAACACUGGGCGUGUCAUGGGUUACGUACUGGAUCAGUACGGCGCAUGGGAGAGCACCUGGUCGUCCCUUAGAAGCAACAACGCCACUCUAAGAGACAGUCAGAUAUACUGCUCUUACAUCACUUGCGAUCUUUUGGACGAGUUGCCCACAGCUGCCACGGAGGAUGAGAUUCGACAGGCCGACCUGGUCACCAUGAUUAAGUCACUAUCUGCAUUUCAAAUGUUCCUAAAGGAUGGGCGCGAUAUCAGGCACUGUGCCGUCACCAAACUUCUCAGGCAGCUGAGGAGAGGUGCCUUCGUUCUCUUCAUCGACAACAAGGACGAGAUGUCCAGACGUAUCUUCUACACCGGAUACAGGAGCCAGAAUAGGAUUUUUCUUGAAGACAUGGCCGCACCGGCAGGGUUACGAAUAGUGGGAGAGUGGCAUGGCAAGACAACGACACGGCUCGAGUGGGACCACCAUCGCUGCCUGAUGGUGCAGCUAAAGCAGUUCCAGUUGAACGACUGGAAAGUUCCGGGACUACGAACAUGCGAUGUCAGUGCGUUCCUUCUUCAAAAGCAAUAACAUUCAACAUG